CUACUACGAAGGAGCACUCAUACAACUCAACUUGUUUGUUUUCCUUUCCACCAUUGACCAGCAGCUUCGAAUAUCGCGGUUCAGUAAUAAUCCCAUUUAAUCAAGUAAAGAAUGGCACCGCGUAAAGGUAAAGUGAAGGAAGAACAACCAGUCGUUGCGCUCGGCCCGCAAGCUUUGGAGGGCGAAAAUGUUUUUGGCGUCGCUCACAUUUAUGCAAGCUUCAACGACACAUUCGUUCAUGUCACAGACUUAUCAGGAAGGGAGACGAUUGCGAGGGUGACUGGGGGCAUGAAGGUGAAGGCGGACAGAGACGAAGCCUCCCCCUAUGCGGCCAUGUUGGCCGCUCAGGACGUUGCAGAAAAAUGCAAGCUGGUGGGCAUCACAGCCCUUCACAUCAAGCUCAGGGCCACUGGAGGGACCAGGACAAAGACUCCGGGACCUGGGGCCCAGUCUGCCCUCAGGGCGUUGGCCCGCAGUGGAAUGAAGAUUGGCCGGAUAGAGGAUGUGACGCCCAUUCCAUCGGACAGCACUCGAAGGAAAGGAGGUCGCCGCGGCAGACGUUUGUAAAAUGUGAAAUUAAUAUUAAAAAAAAACAGAAAACGUUA